AUGACUCGUGCAUCUUCUUUGCAAGCACCACCAUCGGAGCACGCGGCCAUGCCGAAGGGAAUCCUCAUCGUUGGCGGAGGUCUGAGUGGCCUGUACUUGGCACAUAGGCUGAAGCAAAGCGAUAGCAGCCUUGGUAUCACAGUGCUCGAAUCGCGAAGUCGCCUUGGCGGACGACUGGAAUCGGCCCAAAUGAGCGUUGGCGAGAGCGACGAGGUGGACGCGUUUGACCUGGGUGGAUCAUGGUUCUGGCCAUCUUCUCAGCCUUUGGUGGUGACGCUUUUGGAGGAGUUGGGGCUGGAGAGCUUUGCGCAGUACGAAGAGGGGGAUCUGCUGAUUGAGCGCAGUCAGACGAGGCAAGCGCAGCGGCUGGAACCGAGAGGAGCAGGCAUGGGGGAUGCUAGAAGACUCUGCGGCGGGAUGCGAUCGCUCAUUGAAGCACUGGCGGAUCGAGUGGGUCGAGGCAACAUUCUGUCGGGACGCAAGGCGACGGGUCUGCGUCUGAUCGGUGGGUGCGGUGCUGGCACGAGGAUUCAAGCGACGUGUUCGAACGGACAAUGCCUUGAAGCGGAACGCGUGGUGCUGGCGCUUCCCCCUCGCCUAGCUGCUUCCAACCGUAUCGAGUUCAGUCCACCAUUGCCGAGAGAUCUGGUAUCCAGCUGGGCAGCGACUGCGACCUGGAUGGCACCCCAUGCAAAGUACGUCGCCGUCUACGACCGACCCUUUUGGCGGGAGCAAAAGCUGUCGGGUAACGCGCACAGUACCGCUGGACCUCUGGGCGAGAUUCACGAUGCGACCAACUACGACGGCUCGCUUGGCGCCCUCUUUGGCUUCUUCUCGAUUCCCUCGAGUGCUCGACAAGCGCAAAGCGAGGACGAGCUGAAGUCGGCAUGUCGAUCGCAGCUGGCCCGACUCUUUGGCGACCAGGCUGUGUCUCCUCGAGACGAGUGGAUUCGAGACUGGUCAUCGGAAGAGGACACGGCGACCAAGGCAGAUCAGACUGUGGCGGUGCAAGCCAAGAGGGUAGGCGCGCUCAAGGUCACGCCGGAUGAGGACGAGUCGCAAUGGCAUGAAUUGGUGCUGGGCGCGGGCAGCGAGUGGUCGCCAACGUUUCCCGGAUACAUCGCUGGCGCCCUUGACGCUGCUGAUCGAGCCAUGACGGCUCUUCUUGCCGCCUAA